AUGCCAAUGAAAGUGGAGCCGUCAUCCCAAAAACCCUCAACUGUUAUGGGAAUUACAUCUGUUGUUAAUAACCCUGAAAAAGCUGUAACCCAGAAAAUGGAUAUUCUUAUGCUUUUGAAUCCUUCAGAUGCCGAAGUAAAAUCAGAAGGACACCCUGAUAACGACAUGCCUGAUUCGAAGAUCGAUCUUGACAUUCAACAUCACCAGCCUUCGACCUAUGUACAACAGGUAUUCAGCGGACAUUCUUCAGAAUCUUUAUUCCAAUAUCAAGCUCGGCUCGAAAGAACCGAAGCUCAAAAUGAUGCUACACGAAGUGGAAGAACACAACUUCCUCCGGCCCCUAUUCAUAGCCGUCCCACGUCCUUCAAUCCGAUCAACGCCCACCAUAGAUUCAUAAACCCGUAUCCUUUACCCCCAAUCUAUUCUCUUCCAAAUGACAGAUAUCAUUCCCGAUCUCUAAGUCAUUGUCACCGCCAUGACCGUCACCAUUAUGAUCGUCAUCAGCCUCCCCACCGUCGUCAUUCCCAACCAGUCUCUCCAUCUGACAAGAAGAAGCCUCGCAGCAACAAGGCUUACUCUCUUGAAGAGGUCGAUUUCAUUCGUUACCACAAAGAAGACUUGAACAAGCACUGGCCCGAGGUUCUACUUUGCUUCAGAAAGCAUUUCAAAGUAUAUCAAAGAGAGUCAGAGCAAUGUCUUUCAUCGAGAUACUACAGGGAUAACAACAUCAGGAUGUACGAUGAAACCGGCAGAGUAAUGCGAGAUGAGAAUGGAAGAAUCAGAUAUAUCUCAGCCAAGGUUCGAAGAAGAGGGACGCCAGCGGGAAGAUUAGAAGGAAUACCAUACACUCUUGUGCAAAAACAUCCAGAGAGAGCCAUGAAAUAUUCUUGGGUCUCGGAACAGCACAGGAAUGAAAUGAGAAGAUUGGCAGAAGAUAUGAAUGAUCAAGACCGAGAGCAAUUCAACUCACUGAGAGCACAACAGUUGAGAAAGGAUGAGCAAGAACGAGGCGCGGUUGAUACCACAUCAGAAUCUGUAGAUGAGUCGAUGGAUGAGUUUAGCGGCUAUGAAGACUCGCCGACACCAUCCAUUGCUCAAUCUUCCCCUCGAUCUUCUCCUUGA